AUGGUCAAUCCAAAAUCUCAACCCCGCGAAGAAAACUCAGCCAUUCGGGAGGACGUCGUACCGGAGUUUGGAGAACAGAGCAUUGGCAGACGAACAUGGUACCGAACCGUCUUCUUUCAGGCCACGGUGAUUGGCUUUUGUGCAUUCUUUGCCCCAGGGUUGUGGAAUGCCAUGCAGUCAACGGGUGCAGGCGGCCAACAGACUCCUUACCUCGUCAUGUCCGCAAAUGCGGUUCUAGGCGUCAUGAUGGUUGUAACAUGCUCCAUGGGAAGUGUCGUUGCCAAUAGAAUCGGCCUCAAGAAUGCCCUGAUAUUCGGCACGACUGGAUAUGCCAUUUACUCGGCGUCACUUUACACAAACAAUCGUUACGGCAAUGAGUGGUUCGUCUAUGUUGGCUCUGCCGCUUGUGGCAUCACUGCCGGUGUGUUCUGGGCAGCCGAAGGCGCGAUUAUGAUUAGUUAUCCAGAAGACCACAAGCGCGGAAGAUAUUUGGCAUAUUGGCUGGCAUACAGAAACGGUGGAUCUAUCGUUGGGGGUGUCAUCAACCUUGCAUUCAAUUCCACUGGUAAAACGACGGGAAAGUUGGACUAUAGAACCUACAUCGUCUUUGUGGCCUUGCAAUGCCUCGGCCCCUUUGUUGCCAUGCUUCUGUCUCCGCCCGAGAAGGUUCAACGUCAAGAUGGAAGAAAACUUAUAAAGGCUGAGCGAAUCCCCACGGUCUCAGAGCUGAAAGCCGUUGCCAAGAUCCUUAUCCGCAAGGAUUUCUUGCUGGUUUUCCCCUACUUCUUUUACGUGACAUUCCUGCUGUCCUAUGCGGGAUCCUACUUGUCCCUCUACUUUUCCGUCCGUUCCCGCGCUCUGGCAUCUUUGGUCUCGGCGCUAGCUCAAAUCACUGGCAAUUUCAUUUUUGGUAACUUUUUGGACUGGAAGCGAUUCACCAUCAACCAGCGUGCGCGGCUCGCUUAUUUCGGGACAAUGUCAUUGUUUGGGGGCACUUGGGUAUGGGCAAUUGUCAUCCAGCGUGAAUAUGGUCUGAAAGCUCCUGCACUGGACUGGGAAGACAGUGGUUUCGGUCGUGGAUGGGCGCUUUACAUCCUUCUGCAGGUCAACUUUGCGUUGGCAUACAACUAUGGAUAUUGGCUUGCCGGGUAUAUGGCUCGCGACAAUGCGGAGAUUAUCCGCUUUACGUCAACGGUUCGGGCGGUUGAGGCGGCCGGAGGUGCAGUGGCAUCCGGUAUUAGCUCUACCCACGCUCCCCUAAUUGCCGCCGCGAGCGUGAACUUUGGCCUAUGGGGUCUAGCGCUUAUCCCAACUUACUUCGUGGUUCGUACAAUUGGUACGAGGCCAUCAGAUGAUGUCUUGGAGGAAGAUUCGAGGAAAAGUGUUUCAGUUUGA